AUGAAUCUUUUUCUUAUAUUGUUCCUUACUUUUAUCGUGAUAUACUCAUGUGUUUCGUGGUUGUUACCCACACUAUUAUCAUGGCUUUUCAAGCAAAAAUAUCACAUUAAACUUAAGAUUGGAAGAAUAGCAGUACUCAAACUAAUUUUACGCGAUGUGAAUCUAUCUAAAGAUGGCUACUCAAUUCACAUAGAUGAAAUAUCAUUCAGAAGCAGUUUUUUUAACUCCGAAAUCAACAAACUUGUAUCUGUUGUGGUCAAGUCUCUUAAAGUAACAAACAAUGCAGAGGAAAAAAGGAAUGUGGUGGUGGAGACUAUUCUUAAGCCCCUACUAUCAAAGCAAAACUCAAGUUCCCGAGUUGAAAACAUUGAGACACAGGAAAACAAUAUUUUACAAGAUGGGCAGCUAAGCACAUUUACAUACCAAAAGUUGUUGGACUUUAGAGAUAAAAAACUUCCGCCAAGCUUAAUUAUGUUUGCACAGUUUAUGGGUGUCCAUAUUUUUGAUGUGGCUAUAAUAAUAAGCAAUUUAACCAAGAAUUGGGAAAUUUAUGCAACUGCAUCUGAAAUUCACGCUGAUGGUGCUGCUGGUGGACCAGCUAGGGCUCUGGUCUUUUCGGCCAAUGUAGUAAAAGCAAAUGCCAAACUUUCAUCACAGCAGACAGAAUUAAUAGAUUCUUCCUGCAGCAUCUUGGUUGAAGGCACAGUAAAAGCUGAUGGACCUUUAAACGUUGAGAAAAUACACACAGUCAUAAGCAACCCUAAAGUGGUGCUACAAGACAACCUUUUCAACUUUUUGAAAAACUCGCAAAAGCCUAGAAAUUUUCCUGUGCAAAACUCUACGGAAGAUCACCUCGCAACAUUCAUACCUAGAUUAUCACCAGUGAUUCCAAAGAUUCUUAGUGUAAAAAUUGGUCCAACCACAAUAGGAUGCGUCGAUAACGUAACUAAGACUACUUUUGAAGUGUCAUUGCAGAGUUUUCAGGUAAACUCCCGGUUUAGCGCAGCAUCUGUGGUAUUAAGCGCGAUGGGAGCCGAGGUGUUACGUCUGCCCCAGGUGUAUGUAGCUCUCCAGGUGGAUGGCCUACAAUUCGCUACGCGGGAAUCCACUCUAAUAUAUCUCAACAAGCUAAAGUUAGAUGCUAAGCUGGAAAAAGGUACACUGAAUCUGUACCUGAUAAUAAGCACGCUAAACGUUAACUAUGAUCACAGUACUGUUUUCCAUUGGUACUCGAACUUGAUACAACGUAUUAAGAAAUCAAAGGCCAUGCAGAUCUCCCAAGUAACGCAAAACUCCUGGAAUGCAGAAGCGUGGUGGUCACGUGUGUCGCGCAGUUGCGCAUUGCAAGGCUGCGCAGAGCUGCGUACUGUGCUGUUGCGUUGCGGACGUGGUACUACAGCCUUUGGGGUUGGCUGCAGUGGUCUGAAGGUCAAGUUUGAUCAGCUACUUGACACUACAGAAGAAACAUAUAAGUCAAACGGACGACAAUGGAGUGCGGAAUUGCUGAUAGAUGGAGGUUGGGCUGGUGCGGGUCGUGGGGAAGCCCCAGCGAGGAGGGCUCACCAGUGGGGCGCAGCGCUAUUGGCAGUUGCGCUUGUAAAGUGGGCAUCGCAUUCUCCUACUAACUCCAAGGUAGAAGCAAUGAUGGACUGCCUUCGUCUAGAAUGGAGUCCUGCGCUCGCGCAGACAAUACUAGCACUAGUCGACUGUAUCAACGAGUACAGAGGCUCUCCUGCAGAGCACCCAUCUCCAGAUUCCACAGAGGCUACCCACAAUAUCACUAUGAACAUUGCUCUGUCGCACAUCAAUUUGUUCCUGAUUAUUAGUGAUAAUGUUUGUCUCAUGACAAGAAUAGAUGCUGUCACCCUGGAGAAGACCAAGGUUAAAUCCGGUGCUUUGAUAUCUGGCUUGAAGAUUUCAGAAAUCGUCCCUUUUCAAGGCAAUUUCCAAUGCCAUCGCUCAGACGAUAUAUCAUCAGCCUUCUUCCAUCUCAAACUUGGUAAAAUAGAGCGCGUUCCAUGCCUGGAACGGAGUUCUGUCCUCUUGGACUUCCAGUUUUUAGAAAAAGUAGAAUUCGAUUGGAAUCCCAAUCUCUACUUGAAGUUAUUAGCUUUUAUCAGAGCGUUUAGAGGCUUCAGAUCUGAGUUAAACGAAAGGAGAGGAGAUAAGACUGCGUCUAGAAAGGAAUUGGUUAAAGACUGGAGAGUCUCGUUCAAGACUGAUACUCAUUUAGGGUUAGCUUUAUCUAAGGAUAAUAGCAUGGUGUUUGCUACAGACGACAUGACAAUAGCCUACGACCAUGAAAUCGGUCUAUCCAUAAUCUGGAGUCAAUUGAAGAUGAUUCUUAAUGGAGACGAGAUAAUCAGUGUCGACGGAUACUCCAUGGAGCGAGUGUCUGAUGAUCCCGAUAUCAGGAUAGAGAGGAAGGCGAAUGAGGGAUUUGUGCUGUCGUGGAAUAAAGUUUGGGCAGUAAAUAUAGAGUCAAUAAGAGUGAUAUUCCCGUACAAGCAUAGAUUUGCGGAAGCGGUGCAAGGUGAUUUUGUGUCUCUGUUUAAAUGGCUUAAACACGUGCACGGCAUCAAGAAGAAACCGUUUACGUUAGACAGCUCGUUGCCUAGCGAUUUGCAUAUAAAGAUUGAAGAAAUCUUGAUAGAAAUGAGCGAUGACCCGUUCGAAGUCAAGCUUAGGGAUAACUAUGAGCUCCUAGAAGAUGAAUAUAAGGAGAGUCAGAAACGAAGAACUAUGUUGGACGCUAAGGUCCAAGAGCUUUGCAAGCCUCACCUGUUCCUCCCGGCUGGUAAAGUGGAAGAACUGUACUCAGCGUUAAGACAAAAAGACGCCCAGAUAUACGUGCAGCGAUGCCGCGCCGCACCACCGCCCCGCAGUCGUUUGGUCGCGUGCUGCUUAUCUGGGUUUUCUUUGCUGUCCUUGGCUGACCCAUCUAUGCAUGGCACGAACAAUGCUACGAAGAGGCUGAGGGAAAUCGAUGCGGAUAGUCCAUGGCCCGAAGAAGGAAUAGAGUUUAGCACUUUAUGGUGUCGUAUGAUCAACGUAUCGGUGGCGCUGUGGCAACUGCGCCUGCGCGACUUUCCUCAGCCGCUGCUCAGUAUGAGUGAAAUGCGACUUUGGGGUACAAUGUUAGCCGCCGAGGAAGCAGCUCCAGCCAGAGCGGUUCGCACGGUGGUAAUAGACCAAGGUAUUCCAUGGGGUGAGUUCGAACUGGAGCGCAGCAUGAUGCCACUAAAGUGGUAUUACGAUCUGUGUUGCGAAAUGACAGAGUACAGCUAUGCGUUCGGCCCUUGCUGGGAACCAGUCAUCGCUCAUUGCAAUUUAGCUUUCGACCAAGUAUCUAGGCCAUCACUAGACCCCUCUGCUCCACUAACCUGGUGGGAUAAAGUCCGUCUUUUGUUCCACGGGCGAUUGACUCUCAACUGUGCAAAAUUCACGUGUCUGUUACACGUGUCAUUAGAUCCAUACAACACCACUGAAGAGAUGGAGGUCACUUGGACCGAUUUAGUACUGGACUGGACCAACGGUAAACUGGGAUUUUUGGGUGAAUUGAAAGUGUUUGUACGAACCGCUAGUAAGUAUGACGAUUGCCGCGUGUUGCGUGUGCCUGGGCUGCGCUUGAGCAUCAAACUGGGUUGGCAAUGUGUCGGAGACCCCCGUGACCAUCACGCUGUGGCACCAUGCGCUCCCACUCGCUUGCCAGAAUAUUCCAGUAACCAGGAGCAUGAUUCAUACAGAGCUUUUCGGUCUCAAGGUGUAGACUUACACUUGAGCAUGGACACAAAACCCAUGGAAGAUGAUGGACCAGUAUUACUACUUUAUGGCAGCACCCUUAGGUGGUUUGAGAGUUUAAAACUUAUUUUGUCGGGUACAACACGACCCACACGUCGAGGCCGCGUUUUCAAGAAUCUAAAGCCAAGAAAGCCUCAACUGUCACGACACUACAGAAACGUUGCAGUUUCGCUAACUUUGCAUAACUUACAGGUAUUCUACUGGUCUUCUUCUUCAAUGCAGCGUGGUAUUGAAAUGCUGGGCGUACGUGUGACCUGCGGUUCUCGACAUCGACUGAGUCUAGUAUCAGGAUCUGAUGCACUCAUACGACGAGCCCGUGCCGUUUGGGCCACGCUGUAUAUGAAUUGCGACCUUAAUGAUGUUGAAAUAUGGCUCAAAACUCCUGCGCAACAGCCACACGAAGAAAAGGAUGGCGAUGAGAGAUCAGCAAUGUUGUGCCCGCCAGCUAUGGAGAAGUGUUACUGCUUAUCGGUUCGGCGCGUCUCAUAUGGCCGUGAGGCUAGCGGUGCCGGUUCGACUCCUGCGCCGACUCAUCGUCUCGCUGUGCAUGAUCUCCGCGGCGCCUGGACCAAAUUAAACCGGGAUCUAGCUUUUGCCCUUAUUGAUACUUACAUCAAGACUCAGCAAUUAAAGAAGAAUCUAUCUACGAAAGCGUUAAAAGAAGAAGAGAAGCCGACAACAUCCCCCAAACACCAACGUGACGGUGAUAUGGUAUCCCCACCACCGGCUUCGGCACAGGGCGGUACUUCCGGUAGCGGCGCAUGCGCCGAAGGGAUGCUAGCAGCACUAGUGGCGGAAGCGGGCGAGGCAGGAGGCGAAGCGCCUGUUGUGUUCAGCGAUGAGCUGGCUGGAGCUGAAACAGAUGCGCCACCACCGCAUCCUCCCCAUUUGCGUCAUGUUCUGGACGAUGAGACCGCGCAUACUGCAUGCCUUAUCGAGCUUGUUAAUUCACAAGUGGUACUAAAAGGCUGUGAAACCCGCGGCUACGUAAUACUCUGCGCGGCGCGUGCAGAAGUACGUCAACGUGUCCGCCGCGCACCAGCAGCUACGGCCUGGAGCGGUGCUCUGUCAGCUAUGCAGUAUUAUGCAACUGUCAGUGCAGCAGAUCGCGAUCAACUUGACGAGAACAUCCAAUGGGUAUCUGUUGAAGAGAUCGAAGAGCGUUGGUCAGGAGCGGAGAUAAGCACGUUACCGGAUGUACCAAGACUAGUUGGUAGCGGGCACUCAGCCGGUGGGGUAAUAGGGCGUACGGUGGGACCAUCUGCUGAUACUGGUUUGGCACAGCUACAAAGAAUAGUGUCACGAUGCGCAUGCGAGUUUUACUACGUAUCGCAAGAAAGUGAGACGAGCACUAACACAGCAGCAGGUUGGGCCUCCGCCCCGGAGCCCUACGAUUCUUUUACGCUCAUGCAUCAUGACCUUGACGUGUGCACUAAUUCCUUACAGUACGCCAUGUUAUUAGACGUGGUAAACAACGUAGUGUUACACGUGGAGCCGGAACGCCGUCGUGCGCUAGAGCGGCGCGCGCGCAUGCGAUUCCAGUUGCAACUGCAUCGCGACACAGACCCACGACACCUGAUACACAAGCUACAGACACAGGUGAGAGAGACACUAGCCCGACUGCGUCGAUUAGAGAAGGAGUACUACUUGAAGAAUAGAUCCAUCACGGGCAACGAUCCAAUAGCAUUAGCAGAGUUGAAGAGUUUGGAUGACCAGGUAAAUGAAUGUAAAGAAACAGCAUGGUCUCUCGGUGAAGAACUAGACGCGAUGGUUCGAGCGUGGAGAGAAGCGGGCUCCGCCACUCGUCCUCCCGCUCCGCGCUCCCCGCAUGCGCCCCCUCAUCGCUACAACGAGAUAUGUUUCAAAUCUGCCCGUUGGAGGCUCACGGACGCUGACGGACAGUUGGGAAUAGCUGAUCUGUUGCUGACCAAUUUCUUAUACACUAAAACGUCCCGUUCAGACGAUUCUGUGGAGCAUCAGUUGGAAUUGGGAUAUGUUCGUGUUACCAAUCUGUUGCCUAAUGAACCAUUCCCCGAGGUCUUAGUACCUCAAGCUGCAUCGGGAAGAGCACCACUAGCUCGCCGCGCGGCUUUGCGCGUGUUUUGCAGAGAUCGACCACCCGUCGGUGGCAUUUCUGUGAAAGAACACUUUGAAGUCAAUAUCGUACCUAUUCGUAUUGGCAUGACGAAGAAGUUCUUCAACACGAUGCUCAAGUUCUGUUUCCCGGAGCGUGACCCGGACGCCAUGGAGGAGGGGGAUGAUGAAACGGGAGAAGGUGGUACUGGUUCGGGAGGGACAGGGCGAAACAGUGCCACUCUCGUCUCCAAGAAGUCCCGCAAGAAGGCUAAGGACUCGAACUCAAAUUUCUACGUCAAACGGGAUAAGAAGGACAAAGAUGACGUCGAGAAAAUGAAGGAACGCGCGGAGAAGAACAAACUCUUCAUCUAUAUUAAGAUCCCCGAAGUGCCCGUCCGCGUCUCUUAUAAGGGUAGCAAGGAGAAGAACUUGGAAGAUGUACGGGACCUACCCCUAGUAUUGCCUACUUUGGAAUACCAUAACGUCACUUGGACGUGGUUGGAUCUGCUGUUGGCCACCAAGAAUGAUACAAGAAGGGUUCUCCUGUCGCAGGCGAUCAGACAGAAACUACAGUUGCACAGACGAGCUCCAGCCGCACCCGAACCCCUGGAGGAGGAUAAAGCGCGUUUGCUUCUUGGAGAUAGAACUGUUGCUGAAAAUAAACCUCAAAAGAAAAGCACACCGAGUGUGUUUAAAUUUUCCAAAUCAUAA